AUGGAUAGACCACAAAAAACGGAAGGCACGAUGGGAGAGGCAAACCUGUCAAUCGGUUCUAACCUCGAUUCUACCUCUGCGUCCAGAGGCUCAGAGACCACUACAACUACGCCCCCAUCCCAAUCAUCGUACCAGCCGUUUCUUGGAGAGUCGAACGAUCUUGUCGUGCCCCCUAACGCAAGAAUAAUUCGCCCGCGCUCCCUGAAUGAUAUCUACGACGCAAUUGAAGACCUAAAGGCUGAAUUAGACACACAUACCGUCGAGACACAUACCCCCCGACCAUCACAAUUUAUCUGGGCUUAUCAAAUUCCGCAAGGCCUCUUUACCCAGAUAGAAACAGACCUUGAACUCUUUCCCGGUGUUCGAACCACGAUCGCACACAACGAUUUCGCUGUAUUAUUGAAAAUCAUGCCGGGUCGUCAGCGUGAACGAAUCACUGGGAAUUUCCGUGUUAUCGUUAUGGGCCACCUCAAUGCUAUGGGCUUGUCCUUGCAGAACGGAGAUUUCACUGACCAAGGCGCCGAAAUAACUCGCGGAUUUCUACAAAGUAAGGAGCCCGAUUGGGCAUUCGGUCCGUACGACGCACGUAUCAAUUCAGCGGCAGACGAAUAUCCUGCCACCGAAUAUCCCUCCCUCAUUCUUGAAACUGGCUUUUCUGAAUCCUUGGGCCAACUCCAACUGGAUGCCCAUUGGUGGUAUAGAAAUACCACCCAAGAAACCAAAAUCGUCGUGUUAAUCGAUGUGGCAAGCGACAAUCCGUACCGCGUCAAUUUUGAAGUUUGGACUGAGGUUCCUAACCAGUCCCAUGCCCCUGUAACCAGAAAUUGUCCGGCCGAAGUUGUUCAAUGCACCCAGAGAGCGACAUUGCAGAACGGGGUGGUCACAGGUGGCCCUUUGAUUCUUAGUUUCCCCACUCUUAUGCGGCGAGCGCCGCGGGCUGGCGAGCACGACAUUGUUCUAGGGGCUGCUGAUUUGGCGAUCAUCGGUGCCCGACCACGCCCUGCCCCUUAA